AUGUCCUGCCCUCUACAUCUCACUUUUCUUUAUAUUCUAUUGUGGCAUAUCGAACAACCUACUGCUCUUCAACUCCUACCAAGCGCACACACUGGAUCGAUUAGUAUCGACACUGCUCAGGUAACUGCUGUCGUAUUCUUACCUACCGGCCGACAUCUUGUUUCUGGUGGAGAAGAUGGUGUAGUAGCAUGUUAUCGAAUUCCUCAAGCUGGUAUGAUGUCACCAGGAAAUACCGAGCAGGAGGACGAAACCAAUAUGAGUUUCUUGAAUCAAAGAGAUGAAAAUGAACCUAUGGACAUGGAUCAGAGCAACGGAUGA